UGGGAAGCCUGACGGACCCCACUGUUAGACCUGGAGUUGAAUGAAAGGUGGGGUUGACCCCCACCAGCAUGUGCUCACCUGUAGGCCAACAGGUGCUUGUGUUGACUUUCAGGCUUUGCCCUAGCCCUGGGACUGGGGCACUGCCAGGAGCCAGGACAGCUCACCCCUUAGGGGUCUCUGUGCCUGCCAGUUGUCUUCUUUGCACAAAAGCUGUGCAGGACUGUGCCUGAGAACCCUACCCUUGUCCUGCCCCCAGUGUCCCCAGAAUGACCUAGGCAUGUCCUCUGCUGCCUGCUCUCAGGACCUACCAUUUGGAGGUGGGGUGUAGACAGCUGUCCUCUGGUGCUGGUGGUAAGCAUGGGGAGCCAGGCUCCUGCUGUGCCUUCGAGGGAGCACCUGUAAGGCUGUGAAACCCUGUGCAGUGGGGAGGACCGGCCACAGUGACCCUGACUGCUUACUGCCCUACCGGGAGCCUCUCACCUGUUGGAGGGAGCCCCCCAGGAGACGAGAUCCCUGAUCCUCUGAAAGCCCAGCUACCCUGAGAGAAGAGUGCACCUGCUCUCCUGCCUUGCAAGGACAGUGGGGGAAAGAUGUGCAGCCAGGAGGCCAGACAGGGACCUCCUGAAAGCUUGGGGUCAACACUGGAUCUAUGGCAGGGCCCACUGGAGAUGGGCUAAUGAGACCUACUGGCGGAUUUUGGGGUGGCCCUGUGAGAGAAGCUGAGGGGUCCUCUGGUGAGUCUGAGUCCUGGCCCCUUCCCCAGCAGGUAGCAGUGAACUCUGGAUUCUUGAGUCCUCUUGAGCCUCCCUCCAGGGGGCCCCAGAGGCAGUUAGUGAGGGCACUCCUAGAAAAGAAGGGAAUUCCUGCUGGGAACGCAACUGGGGCCUCAAGAACUGGAGGGGUUUGGGUGUUGAUGUAAAUGUAGACAUUUGAAUUCCAAAUAUUAUUAUGUAUUAGAAUCUUCACUACCAGUUCCUGCUGGGGGUAAAGAGUGCCAGGACUGUGCGAAGCACUCUAUAUAAUAGCACCUGGUGUCAUGCUGAGUAUAAGUCACAGGUGGGAAGCAGAGGCUCAGGGAAAGCACCCCUUCUGCAGUUCAACCAGCCAGAGCUUCGCGGCCUGCCCUGCCGCUCCCAGCCCUCCAGAUCCCUCCACCACAUACAUUCGUCUCUAUAUACCUCCUUCAUAUCGCUUGGAUUAUACCAGCACCUGUGAGACACCUGCUUGCAUCCCCACCCUCUCCUCUUCUCUUCUUGGCUGUCAGAGUGACCCCAAGCUGGCCCUGCAGCUCACCUUCCUACAGUCCUCCUCUGGGAUUCCUCCCCUGGGAUUGAACCCACACACCUGCUCUGUCCUGUCUUUCACCUCGACCCAGCCCCUUGUCCUGCCCCUUGCCCUCUCUGUCUCCAUGACAGCUCGGGCCAGGUCUGCUCUGUGGAGUGGCCCCUGAGCCCUCUGUGUCUCUUCCCAACACAUUUUUUCUGGGACUGUGGUAUAUAAAUUAGGUGUUGGUCUGAUCUGGGCUAAUUGCUCCUUCCCCCUUUGCCAGUCCCUUUGGCCAGGCAGCACAGGACACACUGGCCUCACAGGGAUCUCUCCAGCAUGGAAAUGGGUUAUGUGGCUCACCUGGGGAGCUGCAGUGGCUCUCAGCUCCUUUCCUCGCUGCCUUCAGCCCCCUUAGCCUGCCCCAGUCUCCUCUGAUACACCAGCCCUCUUGGCCCCACUCCUGGCUCCAAGGCCCCUCCACCAGCCACUGUGGUGGCCUCCUUCCUGGUGGUGCUGACCAGAACGCAGUCCUGAGUUUUCACCUUCAUCACAUGAAUGCCAACAUGAUGAAAAACAAACUCAUUCUUCCUUCACCCUCCUCCAACCCCCAUGGUCUAAACAAGGUCUUUCGCUUUCUUCUUAAUAGGAAGAAUAAGAAGAAAUGUCAUAUUAUGGCAAUCUUCCAGACUAAGCUUUAUAGGCCUCCAGGGGUCUGCCAGCUCCCUCUGCUCUUCUACAAUCCCCUGUUGCCUUGUGCCAGUUCGCCCCUCCAUCUUUUGCCACUUCUGUUACUGCAGAAUAAAGCUUUUAACGUAUGUCUGAGAAUGUCACUCCCCAGCUUAAAAAAUGCUCCUUCCCCAUUGCUUGGAGAACAGAGUCACACCACCUCCACUGAAAACUAUAGCUGAAAACAAUGGUGAACACGGCAUUAUUACUUGCAAAGUUUAAAACAAUCAAAAAAAAAAAAAAAAACAUUGCCCCAAACCUUAGAUGGUUUUUAAUAUUGACAGGAAAAAAGAAUAAGUUUCCACUAGGAAAGAGAAAAGGCAAAUAAACAAAAACACUAGUCCUCACAGCCCUGCAUUUAGGUCUGGUUAGUCCAUUAUAUUCUCCUGGGCUUACUCAGGGAGAAUUAAUUCCUGGGUCCCCUCUACUUUUGGCACCAUUCAAAUCCCAACUGAUUUUGAUUGGAAGAAAGAGAGCUUGCCUUGGAAAUAUUUGCUUUCUUAAAUUUCAAAUACAACCCUAGGAAACCUUUCCAGGUCUGUAUAGUUAACCCUCUUGUAUUUGUUUUUUGUACUCUGAGGGCUGAUGCUGUUAUAAUUUUUACAGUCCCACAAACACCCUUCAAACAAAUAACUGUGUCCAGCAACUCAAAAUCAGGUGGAGAGUUUUUGGAUCCAGGAAAUCCCCCAGGAGUCACUCAGGGUUUAGGAUUGCAUCCCCUUGCUCCUGGCGAUCAGUAAGCAGCCCCUGUCUUUCUGCAUCUUUAGUCUCUUCUGCAUUCCUCUUCACAUGCUAUAAAUAUCCCCCAAGUCCCUCCCAUUUUAAAACAAAACAAAACCAAAACUCCUCCCCUCACCCUUCUUCCCACCCCCUCAUCUUUGUCAUUUGCCUGUCCCUCCCUCUCCCUCAGUCUUUGCCUCCUCAGCAAAAUUUCUUGUCAGUACCGCCUGCAUUUCCUCUGGCCAAACCCACUCAACCAGUUCUCUGCUGCACCCACCUCCAGACAGGCGGCAGGGGUCCUUCUGGAACAGCCCCCUGGUUUCCCUGUUCACAGACUGGGCAGCAUUCCAUGAAUUUACCCCCUGUAAUGUAUGUUUGUUUUAGAUCAUUUUAGGCUUUAUUAACUUUUAAAAGAGGAUUAAAAAGUAAAACAAGUUAAGAAUUAACAGCAGGUAUCUUGACUCGAGUUGGAUUCAUCUGUCCAGGAACAUAUAUAUAUUUUAACUCCUUAAAAACAUUAAGAAAAAUGAUCCAGAAUGACUUCUACCUAGACACAUUGGACUAGACUAUUGUUUAAGAAGCCACCUUAGAAUCGUUUGUCGCUGCAAUAGUACCGACUAUUUUCUAACAACCAAAGCCUACACCUUGCAAAUGCAGAAGUUAACUUAGGGAAGAGUUUUGCAAAGUUAACUUUGCAAAUGAGUUUCGGUAAAGAUGCACACAAAUUCUGCCCCAUACAAAUACAUUCUGGCCAAUACGAAUGAUAACCCUGGAAGGUCCCGUGUCACUGUAGGGCAUCCACCAGAUUUACAUCAAAUUUAGCAAGCAGUUUAUUUCAGCAUUCUUUCUUUGACCGCCUGUGUAGUUUCUGGCAUCCGCUUCGGAAAGAGCGUUCUGUCCUCGUUGAGCUCCGUGCAUCCUUGACACCCAACUCCGUGCUUAUGUGGGUUAUAUUUUGGAUGUUCUGAUAUGGGAUUGUGGGGGAAGUCAGCUUUUGAUUAGAUGUUAGGUGAGGGCUUGGGAGUUUAGUGUUUUUCAAAAUUACGUCAUCGUAAAGGAGUCUUCAGACAAUACUCGCUGGCCCUUCAAACGUGCCAGGCGCGGUUCGGGCUGGACCGGGGCCUGGGUCCUCUGGCGAGCCUCAUUUCUGGCGUCCUGCCGGAUUACGCCGCAGGGGAGCCACAAGCUGAGUCGGCGGGCCCGUCGGGCCCAGUCUUUCUGUUCCCUAGAAGUGACGUGACAGGGUCGGCAUUCGGGGUAUGCAGCGUAGAACCGGUAAAAUGGACCUGAGGACGGUUCGCCAGGGGGCGCCGCGGGCGGAGGCUAAGGAGUUAAGGGCCCAGCGAGCCUCCCAACGCGGCCCUGGGGCGGAACGGGUGGGGGCGGGCCUUCUGCAGCAUAGCCAAUCAUCUUGCCUUACAGGGGCCGCCGGGUCCGGGGCGAGGCCCUCUCGGCUCCGCCCCAAGCCUCGCUGGCUCCGCCCACUAUGGCACCACAUCUGCGCAGACUGCUCCGCGCCCUCUUCCCGGCUUCCUCCUCCCGGCGCUCCCGUGAGGCAUCGCGAGGCGCGCAGGCCAUAGCCUAGUGGGCGCCGGCGGCCGCUGAGGUCUUGCCACCUUGCUGACAUUCCCUUGGCUAAGUCGUGGUGGAUCAUUCAGCGAUGCGUCUGUUGGAAACAACAAAUGUCUGAAGUGUUCUUACUUGACUGCUGGGUACCUUAGUACUUUUCAAGUUGAGAGGGGUUCUAAAACCUGAAGCCUGGUGUUCUCUGAACUAGGUUGAUCAGACCUGGAAAUUGAUUCUUGCCAGCUUGGUGAAUGCUUAUUCACUCAUUGAGGUAAAUAGUUGAUUCCUCCCCAGAGAUUGCCUUUUUUUUCUUUAAAUUUUCUUCCAUAGAGAGUGCAUGGAAUAGAGUCUACUUAGCCACAUGGUGGCUGGAUUUGUUUGUAUACACUCAUUUUGGAUUAAAAAAUCACUAUAUAAAACCAUUUUAUCUUGGGGGAAAAAUAGAUUUUAUUAUUAAUUAAGUUUUCAUUACUGGUUUCGUUUUCUAAGAAAUACCCUAAUUGUUUUUGUUUUACUUUAUCUUCAUCAAACCUUGUAGCUGCUACUACCUUUUGGCUUACUGGCUUCCAGAUACCAUAUGCUGUUUAUCUGUAUUUUUUAAAAAAUCAUUUGCCUUAUUUGGGGUCUAAUAUUUAUUUUCUUCCCCCCUAGGAAGAAUCACAGUAGAUUCUAAAAAUAUUUUCCCCCUUCUGUAAAAAUUGGUUUUGUUUCUACUUGGAUUUAUUUUUUUAUAAAUAGAGCACCAUAAACCCAUAUCAAAUACAUAAAACUAGGGUAGUUAAACCAUGAGUUCUGGGAAUGAGUUUGUGGAGACAUUAAAAAAAAUUGGUUAUCCCAAAGCUGAUAUUCUUAAUGGAGAAGAUUUUGACUGGCUAUUUGAAAAUGCUGAAGAUGAAUCAUUUUUGAAAUGGUUUUGUGGGAAUGUGAAUGAACAUAAUGUAUUGUCUGAAAAAGAAUUGGAAGCUUUUAGCAUUCUUCAAAAAUCAGGCAAACCCAUCCUAGAAGGGUCAGCAUUGGAUGAAGUUCUUAAAACCUGUAAAACUUCUGAUUUGAAGACACCUAAACUGGAUGACAAAGAGCUAGAGAAAUUAGAGGAUGAGGUUCAAACUCUUCAGAGAUUAAAAAACUUAAAAAUGCAGCGACGUAAUAAAUACCAGUUGAUGGCUUCAGUAAGUAGUCACAAAUCUCUGAGGUUGAAUGCUAAAAAAGAAGAAUCCACUAAAAAGCUGAAGCAAAGUCAAAGAAUUCUAAGUUCUGUGAAUACUAAGCUCAGUAAUGAACUUCAGGCCCUUACUGAUGGAGUUACUAAAUUGAUGAUGUUCUUUAGACAUUCUAAUUUAGGUCAAGGAACAAAUCCAAUGGUGUUUUUAUCUCAGUUUUCCUUGGAAAAAUAUCUAAGCCAAGAAGAGCAAAGCACAGCAGCAUUAACCUUGUAUACCAAAAAGCAGUUCUUUCAGGGUAUACAUGAAGUAGUUGAAAGUUCAAAUGAAGAAAAUUUUCAACUAUUAGAUAUACACACUCCAUCUAUUUGUGAUAAUCAAGAAAUCCUUGAGGAGAGACGACUAGAGAUGGCCAGGCUGCAGCUAGCAUAUAUCUGUGCUCAACAUCAGUUGAUUAACUUGAAAGCAAGUAAUUCGAGCAUGAAGUCGAGCAUAAAAUGGACAGAGGAGAAUCUUCAUAACCUAACCAGCAAGGCUAUUGGCAAAGAAAAUUUGGAUGCUAAAAUUUCUAGCUUGAACAGUGAGAUUCUGAAACUUGAAGAACAAAUCACUCAUAUAAAAGAUAAAACUUUGCCUGCUGUGGUAAAAGAGAAUGCCCAGUUAUUGAAUAUGCCAGUUGUAAAGGGAGAUUUUGAUCUGCAGAUUGCUAAACAAGAUUAUUACACAGCAAGACAAGAGUUAGUUUUAAACCAGUUGAUAAAACAAAAGGCAUCAUUUGAACUUGUACAGUUAUCAUAUGAACUUGAAUUAAGGAAACAUUGGGACACGUAUCGUCAACUUGAAAACCUGGUUCAAGAACUUAGUCAAAGUAACAUGAUGCUCUACCAGCGAUUAGAAAUGUUAACAGAUCCAUCAGUCUUUCAGCAGAUAAAUCCAAGGAAUACCAUUGAUACCAAGGAUUAUUCUACUCAUAGGCUUUAUCAACUUUUAGAGGGAGAAAAUAAAAAAAGAGAAUUGUUUAUAACCCAUGGAAACCUGGAGGAAGCAGCUGAGAAAUUGAAACAGGAUGUUUCUCUAGUACAAGAUCAGUUGGCAAUAACUGCUCAAGAACAUUUUUUAUUUCUGUCCAAACUGAAUAAUAAUGUUGACGUGCUUUGUGAUGUUUUGUAUCAAGGAGGAAAUCAGCUUUUACUUAGUGAUCAGGAAUUAACAGAACAGUUUCAUCAAGUUGAAUCCCAACUGAAUAAGCUAAAUCAUCUCCUUACUGAUAUUCUUGCUGAUGUGAAGACAAAAAGAAAAAUUUUGGCAACUAAUAAAUUGCAUCAAAUGGAAAGAGAAUUAUAUGUAUAUUUUUUAAAAGAUGGAGACUACCUGAAAGAUGUUGUGGAGAAUCUAGAAAACCAAUCAAAGAUUAAGGAUGUCUUUUUGAAAAUGGAAAAUUGUGAGACCUGUGUAGGCUUUGAUCUCUCUAAGAUACCACUCUCCUCUAUUGCUCAGAAGAUUAUGUGUGCUCUGCAUUCAGGUGAUUUAGUGGAUUCUAAGAACUGGGGAGAGAGUACAAAGAUUGUAAAACCAAUAAGCACAUCCAGUGUUAAGGAUGCAGUAAUACUUAAAGAUGGAAAGAAUCAAUCACUAGAGAAAAAGAAUCCUAAGUCUUUAACAGGCCAGACGUCAAGAGGUUCCACCAAGCCUUCUCCUCAUUCCUCCAGUACUGGGCUCACAGGUCAGCUGUCUGCUGAUCAAAAGCAGAAAAACAUCUCAUUGGCUUCUUCCAGGUGUUCUGUUCCACAUUGUGAUCAAGAGGCUUCAGACCUACAGAAAAUGGAGCAUAAGAAAAAGCAUUUCCUAAAUGAAAAUAUUAAUAAUGAAAAUAAGGAAAGUAUGAAUCUUAAAAGAAAACAUAUUAUGUAUAGUAACUCAUCAGAGAAAACAAAUAAAUACUUGGCAUUGGAAGAAAAUGCUGGUGAGGUUAAAGCACAGCUAAAUUCUGGGGACUCAAGAACCUUUAAAAAAUACCUUUGUGAUAUCAGGUAUUUGGAUGAUCAGUCAAAAAACCAACUGAUGGAAAUGCUCAAGCAGGCAGCUGCACUGGUAGUGACUCUAAUGUAUAAAGAUGGUUCCACCCAGCUAAUAGCUAACCAGGCUCAAACUUCCUCUGUUAAAGGAAUUGUGAUGUUACUAAAGAGUCAAGUGGACAACCUAGAGACUUUAGCCUGUGGUGCUCUUGAGGUGGGCUUUAUGUCCCAGGGUCAGUGUAUCUACAUACACAUAGAGCUUUCCUCUCUCUGGGGCCAAGAACAAGAAGCAUAUCAUCUGUUUGCCAGAAACGUGCUGUUCCAAACCCUGAAAUGUAAAUGCCCUGUUAUUUGUUUCAACGCUAAGGACUUUGUUAGAAUAGUGCUGCAGUUUUUUGGUGAUGAUGGCAGUUGGAAGCAUGUUGCUGAUUUUGUAGGCCUUGAUCCCAGAAUUGCCGCAUGGCUCAUAGAUCCCAGUGAUGGCACACCUUCUUUUGAGGACUUAGUAGCAAAACACCUUGAAAAGUCCUUUUCAGUCAAAGUGAGCAGCACAUGUGGCAAUUCCUCAAGUAAUAUUAAGAAUAAGAACAUAUAUAUGAACUUGAAUACACUCUACAGACUUACGAUGGACCUGUGCUCCAAGUUGAAGGUUCAUGGUUUAUGGCAACUAUUUUGUACUCUGGAAAUUCCUCUGAUUCCAAUUUUGGCAGUGAUGGAAAACCACAAGAUUCAGGUGAACAAGGAAGAAAUGGAGAGGACAUCCACACUUCUUGGGGCUCGUCUCAAGGAACUGGAGCAGCAAGCCCAUUUUAUUGCAGGAGAACGGUUUCUUAUAAUGAGUAAUAAUCAACUUCGAGAAAUCCUCUUUGGAAAGUUGAAGCUACACCUGCUGAGUCCAAGGAAGAGCCUUCCCAAAACAGGGCCACAGCAACACCUGUCCACUUCAGAGGCUGUGUUAAGUUCUCUGCAAGACCUUCAUCCUUUACCCAAGACAAUUUUGGAAUACAGGCACAUUCACAAGAUCAAGUCAACCUUUAUAGAUGGAUUAUUAGCUUGCAUGAAAAAGGGAUCCAUUUCCUCCAAGUGGAAUCAAACGGGAACUGUGACGGGAAGACUUUCAGCCACACAUCCUAAUAUCCAGGGUAUUUCCAAGCACUCAAUUCAAAUUGCUAAGCCUCUGAAUUUUAAAGGUAAAGAAGAUGAGACUUUCACCAUCUCCCCAAGAACCCUGCUUGUUUCCUCCAGGGGCCACAUCUUCCUAGCAGCAGACUUUUCACAGAUUGAAUUGCGCAUUCUUGCGCAUUUAUCUGGAGAUCCAGAACUUUUGAAGUUAUUCCAGGAAUCUGAAAGAGAUGAUGUGUUUUCUACCCUGGCUUCACAGUGGAAGGACAUUCCCAUGGAGCACGUGACGUACGCAGACAGAGAGCAGACCAAGAAGGUGGUGUACUCCGUGGUCUAUGGAGCAGGGAAGGAGCGGCUUGCUGCUUGCCUUGGAAUUACUGUUCAGGAAGCCACCCAGUUUUUGGAGAGCUUUUUGCAGAAGUACAAGAAAAUCAAAGACUUCGCGCAAGCAGCUAUUGACCAGUGUUAUCACACAGGCUAUGUGGCAUCCAUCAUGGGCAGAAGGAGGCCUCUGCCCAGGAUCCAUGCACGGGACCAGCAGCUCCGGGCACAAGCAGAACGACAGGCAGUGAACUUCAUGGUGCAAGGCUCUGCUGCAGACCUCUGUAAGAUGGCCAUGAUCCGCAUCUUCUCUGCAGUGGCCACUUCCCCCACCCUGACGGCCAGGUUGGUUGCCCAAAUUCACGAUGAGCUGCUGUUUGAAGUGGAAGACACACAGGUCCCCGAGUUCGCAGCUCUUGUCAGGGGAACCAUGGAGUCCUUGCAACAGAUCCAGGACCCGGAGCUGCAACUGCAGGUGCCCCUAAAGGUGAGCCUGAGCGCCGGCCGUUCCUGGGGACACCUGGUUCCACUGCAGGAGGCCCUGGACUCUUAGCUCAGCCUGAGUCACACCGAGUCUCCCAGCAACAGUCUGGCUGUCCAGGUCGCUGGCUGGGCACCUCCUGGGCCUGUGCAUUUUCCCCUUCAUUUUGUCUGUAGCCCCAGGCAACAGGAGGAGGAGGGAACUGGUCUCCACCAGCCCAUUGUGUGGCCUUUCCCAAGGUCACCAGCGAGUACUUUGAGCUCCUGGAUGAAUACAGGCCCAUUAACCCUUUGGGGCUGGGAUGGCUGGGAUGUCCCCAGGAGUAAACACUUUGUGUGAAGCUUA